AUGGAUGACAAUGGAUCUCUCUAUAUCGUUGGCUGGGAUGAAGUUAAACGAUAUAGAAUUGGUGAGACUGAAGGAACAGUGGUUGCAGGUGGCAACGGGAGUGGAGAUCAUCUCAAUCAACUCUUUGUCCCCUACUAUGUAUUUGUCGAUCGAGAUCAUUCAGUGUACGUGUCUGAUUUUGUAAAUCAUCGUGUAAUGAAAUGGGAAGAAGGUGCAAAACAAGGCAUUGUCGUAGCUGGCGGUCAAGGGAAAGGAAAUAGUCUUACACAACUGUCACAUCCUGCAGGGGUGGUUGUCGAUCAAUUGGGCACUGUCUACGUGGCUGAAUAUGAAAACCAUCGAAUAAUGCGUUGGCCAAAAGGAGCUAUACAGGGAAGUAUCAUUGUUGGUGAAAACGGUCAAGGAGCACAGUCAAAUCAAUUAUUUUUUCCCUAUGGUUUAUCAUUCGAUCGACAUGGCAAUCUCUAUGUCGUCGAUUCCGGCAAUCAACGAGUACAAAAAUUUUCAAUCGAACAGACGAUAAAUUAAUGAUAUUUAUUUGUUUGCAUAGUUGAAAAUGAUUUCCAUUAAAUAAAAACAAAGGCAUUCGUUUGCGAUUAAUUAAUAAAUAAAUAUAAUAGACAUUCGUGCUCGACCAAAAAACUGUUCCUGCUGGUGGGAGUGACGAUCGUCAGGCUAUGCACGAAUAGAGCAAGUCUUUAUGCAUACGCAACAAAGAAUAUCGUAUGGAACCGAUGAGCCUGUGUCGUGUUGCCG